CAAGUUGAUUUUAAUGAUUGAGGAGUAAGGUAAACGUUGCGACAAAUAGGGGAUAAAAAAUAAAUAUUAAAAGAAGAGGGGGAAAAGCGUAACAAAAGAAGAUGGCGUGCAAUGAUGAUGAUGAGUUGGCAGUGAUGGAAACCAAGGACUGAAAUUCGGGAUGGUUUUCUAUUCUGAAAGAGGGAUUUAACGGCUAUAAGAGAAGGAAGGAGGAGCAUAAAAUGGACCUUCAAAUUGCCUUCGCAUUCCGCUGAGAACCAACCCACAUCACAUUAGAGACUCCCGAAAUCUCCCUCUCCCGCGCGAAGAGCCGAAGAGGGAGCCUCGCUUUGGAUCUCGCAUUUCCAUUUUCCAGAUCUCCUCUCUUCUCAUCACUCGCAAGAUGCUCGCCAAGAAAUUCAUCGUCGAUUUGAAUAAGCCCCUUGUAUUCCAGGUUGGGCAUCUCGGGGAAGCCUACGAUGAGUGGGUUCACCAGCCUAUUGUAAGCAAGGACGGUCCUCGUUUUUUCCAAAGCAAUAUUUUGGAGUUGUUCACGCGCACUGCGUGGUGGGUGAUUCCGAUCGUUUGGGUUCCGGUGGCGUCUUGGUUCAUUUCCAGUUCUGUUAAAUUAGGCAUUCCUUCUGAAAAUGUUCCUCUGCUCGUGGGUUUUGGCAUCUUCCUUUGGACUUUGGCCGAGUACUUGUUGCACCGUUUUCUUUUCCAUAUUAAAACCACCAGCUACUGGGGAAACACCUUGCAUUAUCUUCUCCAUGGCUGCCACCACAAGCACCCCAUGGAUAGCUUGAGACUUGUUUUCCCCCCUGCAGCUGCCGCUUUAAUUGCCCUCCCGAUUUGGAACUUGGUGAAGCUUUUAUGCACGCCUUCAACUGCUCCUGCAAUCUUUGGAGGUAUUUUGUUGGGCUAUGUGAUGUAUGAUUGCACCCAUUACUACUUGCACCAUGGUCAACCAAAGUCUAAUAUGCCCAAAAGUCUCAAGAAAUACCACUUGAAUCAUCAUUAUAGGCUCCACAGCUAUGGCUUCGGGAUCACUUCGCCACUGUGGGAUAAAGUUUUUGGAACGGUUCCUUCUCAAUCAAAAGGGGAUGCCAAACGUAGAUAAGUUACCGUCAAGGUUGCAUUUGUUCAUUGGUUAAGAGUAGUAAAUUCAGGAGCUCAAACGAGAUAUGUCAUUAAUUCAUGUCUUGAUUGUCUAAUUGUUUUGCUUCUCAGUUAAUGUUUCUGAGGGUUAACGUGCCACCAUCUUGUGUCAAACAUUUUGUAAAAUUUGAUAAAUACAUCAAAUUUAUAG